AAUUAAACAUGCAAAAUCUAUACAAUAUUUUGAGACAACCAAACAACCUAUCACAAAAUUCCUUUCAUAUUUUAUAAAUUUAAAAAGAUUAGAAUUGAAUGAUAAUUUCGUUUAUAUGGCAUGGAAUAAUUUAGAAGAUAUAUCUUUACCUUCCUUACAAAUUUUAAAAGCGAGAAGUGUUCCAAUCAAAGUUUUAGCAAGUUUAAUUGAAAAUACCAGUGGUUACCUUACUGAAAUAAAAAUUGAUAGGAUACGUCAUGAUGUGAUUAAUAACAAAAGAAUCAUUCAAUCUAUUUAUUUAAAUUGUCCAAUGCUUAAAUAUCUUAAAUUACUUUUUAUAAAUAGUAAUUUUUUAGAAUUAGAAAAUUUAUUAAUUAGUUGUCAAUAUUUAAAAGGAUUAUAUAUAAUUUUUGAAGAUGUUUGGGUUAGUUAUGUUAUGAUUGAUUGGAAUCAUUUAUUUGAAAUUUUAACAAAAUCAUCACCAACUGGUUUAUUUAAAUUUAAAUUUUAUUAUAAUGGUGUACCUAAAUUAGAAUCUUUAAAAUUAUUUUUUGAUAAUUGGAAAAGUAGGAAUCCAAUGUUAUUACAAACCACUCAAAUGUGUAAAAAUGAAUAUACUGAUUUAAUAGAAAGUUAUAAAUCUCAAGGAAUAAUUAAAAAAUUCAAUGAUAAUUU